UACUGCCAACCGCUCGCGCAGCUCGCGCUCCCCGCCACCCCUUCACACCAUACGUACCGUUACGUCACGGGAGCAUGCGCGCGACGUGCGCCGCCGCGCCGCGACGAUUUCGAGAGCGUGUCAGUGUGUGAGUGUGCGCGCCGCGGCUAACCUCAAACUCUCGAACCUCGGCCUCCUCCUCCCUCGCGGCGGCGAUAAAAUCGCCGAGGAAUCUCCCUGGAAGCGCGAUCGGACGAUUUCGAGCGUUUCGGCAGUCAGCUGGAUCACCCGGUCCUAAUCUCUCCGUCAGAGACACGCGUAUGGAUAACCUAACCUAACCUAAGUUUCAUCGAUCACGUUUCGCUAUUUUCGCGCUUUCCUCUCUUCGCGAAAAGAAGAACUCAUUCGACAAUCUGAUCGGAGCAGAUCACGAUAUGCAAAUAUUCAGCACGAUUGACGACUUGUGAUUGUUGUCGGAAAAAACUAACCUAACCUCAAACGUCGCGUGAUGUUGUUUGCCCCGUCGUGAGAAACGCGCUCAGAGUUACCAAUAAAUGUCGCGGGAAAACUAAGAUCCAACAAUUUUGCAACUUGGCCUUCACACGGAGACGUCAUUGCUGAUCCCAACUGGUUUGUUGAUCUCGUUACGUCACACGAGGCUGAUCUAACCUCACAUCGCGUUGCAACUACGCGUACAUAAUCGCGUUUUCUUGCGACUUUCCCCGUAUUGUCGCGGGACCGAAGCCACUAAGAAUUAUUCAAGAGAUGUCCUUUCGUCCUCAGGAUCCUUGAUGAGCUUCGAGACAUUCGUUUCUCGAAAAAGAAAAGGGAUCGACAACGAACGAUUCGACUUUUCAUGCGUACCCUUGGCAGCUUGACUCCGGUCUUCGUGAUCGACGGCACCGACGCCCGCGAAUUAAAUUUGCACGUCCACCUUUAGAGUAUGAAUUUCGCUCUGUUUGUUGCAACUUUCGCGUCUCUAAAUUUCACAGUGAAGCUAAACCCAAGAUAGCGUUCGGAAAUCACGGGAAAGAAAAUGAUCGUCUAGGUACGCGUGAUAGGCGGUUUAUGAAGCUAUUUUUUUUAUAUUUAUAAAUAUCUCGGAUUCACUGCCAAUUGCAACCACUUCGUCUAAACAUUUAUCCUUGACAUUUCAUCGACGAGAUUGUUCUGUCAACCAGCUGCCACAAACGCCACCGAUCGUUUUCCCGCGUUGCUCCAACAUGAAUACAAUCAUGUUCUCAGGUCCACUCUACUUUAUAGCAUUUAACUACACUUUACAAUAGUGCGUUCAUUACAGAGUCUGUUCAUUAUACUGCUUUUAUUUUUCAGAUUUUAUGUAUAAUCUUAAUUUACAUUAAAAUUAUAUAACAAAAUAGAGAAUUAAUAAAACGCGAGGAACGUAUAACUGAUGUGUGAUAAAAAUCUACUUAUCUUGUUUUUACAGCUUUUACAGUGUUUUCAAUUGGUGCAAUCAAAGGAUUUGGAAAUAAAAUUAAACCUCUUUACGAAUUUACAUUCAACCAAAUGUAAUUUGGAUGAUACAACUACAAGACAACUGUAACGCUGUCAAUCAUUCUUAGAACAACUUGAAAUAUUUAUUUAUUGAUUUUUCUUCAUCUCCCUUUCAAUGCCAAUUUUAUUUUAAAUAUUCAAAGUAUGUGUAUAACUCAGCAUAAUUAAAAAGAACAUGCUUUAAGUCAUCAGUUUGUGAUGAUAUCACUGUUCAAAUCAGUAGAUAUUUCAGUUAUUGACUGUUUGACAUCACCAAGAAGUUUACUUGAUUACCAACGUGAAAGAUUCACAAAAACAAAAAUGAACGAAAUAGUGAUGCAGGUGCUGUACGGAAGCGAAACCGGAACCGCUCAAGAUGUUGCCGAGCAGAUCUGGAAAAGCGCCAAAAGGAAAGGAUUGCAAAGCACCGUGUCAUCACUGGAUGAUUACAAUAUUCAAAAUUUUUCUUCCGAACAAUUAAUUAUCUUUGUUGUGGCGACAACUGGACAAGGAGACCCUCCAGCCAACAUGAGACAAUUUUGGAGACAUCUAUUACGCAAAAAUCUUCCAACAACCUUGCUUCAAAAUCUAAAAUAUGGCGUACUCGGAUUAGGCGACAGUUCAUAUUCAAAAUUCAACUUUGCUGCGAAGAAAUUGAAUAAACGUCUUGCGCAAUUAGGUGGGAAAGAAUUAUUAUCCAUUGGACUUGCUGAUGAUCAGCAUAAUCUGGGAAUUGAUGCUGUAGUUGAUCCUUGGAUCAAAAAAUUAUGGGAAGAAAUUGCGGACGUUUUCGAAAUUUCUCUAGAAGACAAAAUAAAUGAAAAAAAUUUAAUAAUUGAAAGAUACAGUGUUUCAAUAAUAGAACUGAAUCGAUUAAAUCCAAUACAUAUUAACGAACAGUUAAUAGAUAGUCCCUAUGAAUCAAAUACUGACAUCUAUGCACAAGAAACACUUAUAAAUAGUAAUAUUAGGAUAGGUAAAAUAGUCGAAAAUAUAAGAACUACUUCCAAAGAUCACUUUCAAGAUGUUAGAUUAAUAGCAAUCCAAGUGGAUAACAUUAAAUAUAAUCCUGGAGAUGUUAUCUACAUUAGGCCGAAGAAUACUGUAGGACAAGUAAAACGGUUUUUCGAUAUAUUACACGAACAUGAUAUAAAAUUGUUUCCGGAUACAAUGAUUCAAGUAUCGAAAAAAGAAAUAAAAGUUCCAUUUGUUUUAAAACGAAAUUUAACUUUAAAAGAAAUUGUUGAACAGUACUGGGAUCUGAAUUUCAAGCCACGAAGAUCUACUAUGCAUACUUUAUCUCUUAUCAGCGAAAAUGAACUGGAGAAAGAGAAACUGUGUGAAUUUGCCAGUCCAAUUGGCCAAGAAGAACUUUAUGAUUAUGUAAACAGACCAAGGAGAAACAUUUUGGAAGUUCUUACAGAUUUCCCUCACACGACCAGUAAACUAAAUAUUAAAUUAUUAUUUGAAAUUAUGUCACCUAUAAAGCCACGUCCCUACAGCAUUGCCUCCAGCUUAGAAGACACUCCAAAUAAAAUACAAAUUUUGGUAGCAGUAGUCAAAUUUAAAACUCGAUUGAUGGAGCCAAGGUUUGGAUUAUGUUCAAAGUGGGUGGCAAAUUUAAAAAAUAAUGAUAAAGUGAUAUUUUGGCUGCAGAAAGGAACUUUUCAAUUUGAUAAUGAUAAACCGAUGAUUUUGAUUGGUCCUGGCACUGGAGUGGCUCCGUUUAGAUCUUUGCUUUUAGAAAGAGCAAAAAAAGGAGAAGAUUUAAAAGAAUGCAUCCUAUUUUUUGGAUGUAGGAAUAAGAACCAAGAUUAUCACUGCAAAGAAGACUUUGAACGUUUAUCAAGGACGAAUAAUCUAAGACUAUUUUGUGCGUUUUCCAGAGAUCAAGAUCACAAAAUAUAUGUGCAACAUCUUAUUCGACAACAAAGACAAUUAUGCUGGGAAUUUUUAGAAAAUAAUGGGAAUAUUUAUUUAGCGGGAACAGAACCUGUACGUCUUUCACCAGGAUGGGAAGGUACAGGUAGACCUGAUGACGAAUUGAAUUUUAAAGGUGUUACAAUGGAUCAAGCAGAUCUUGAAUUAAAUCCUCCUAGAGAUAGAUUAAAUUUAGUAUUUUUCAUAUUGAUACUUCAUGGAAUCGGUGCCUUGAUGCCAUGGAACAUGUUUAUAACAGCUAAAGAUUAUUUUGUUAACUACAAAUUGUCUAAAGAAUAUACUGAUAUAGAUUCAAACUAUGCAACAAAUUUUCUCGCGUAUUUGGGAUUUGCAUCACAAGUACCGAAUUUGUUGUUUAAUUGGUUGAAUAUAUUUUUACAAUUUGGAGGCAACUUGACAACGCGUAUAGUAUGGAGUAUUUUUGUUCUGGUCUUGAUAUUUGUUUUUACUGUCAUCUUGGCAAUGACUGAUAGUUCUGGAUGGCCCGGAAUAUUUUUCUGGAUUACUAUGGUAUCUGUUGUUAUAUUAAAUACUGCCAAUGGUAUCUACCAGAAUUCAGUGUUUGGAAUGGCAGCUAAAUUACCCAUCAAAUACACGGGCGCUGUUAUCUUAGGAUCGAAUAUCAGUGGAACUUUUACAGCCAUAAUAAACUUUCUGGCUCAAAUAAUGGCGCCAAACGCGCGCACCGCCGCUAUAUAUUACUUUAUCACAGCUUUGUUCAUUCUCCUGGCUUGUUUUGAUACAUACUUUGCACUUCCAAUUAAUAGAUUUUAUAGAUAUCACGAGCUUCUUCAUCAGAAAGAAACUAACAAAAGACAACUAGAGAAUAAUUCAAGAGGAAAACAUAAACCACCUUAUUGGACAGUGUUCAAGGCAUGUUUCCCACAAUGCUUCAACACAUUUUUAAUUUUCUUCGUUACUUUAGCGCUCUUCCCAACUGUCCAAUCCGAUAUAAAGUCUUUGGAUGAGAAUUUUGUGGUUCCACCUGAAUAUUAUAGCAGUGUCAUGUGCUUUUUAACAUUCAAUAUCACUGCCAUGCUAGGAAGCUCGAUCGCAUCAUUAGUUCAAUGGCCAAGUAGAAAGUAUCUGAUUAUUCCAGUGGUUUUGCGACUUGCUUACAUACCAUUGUUCUUAUUGUGCAACUAUCAGCCAAUUAAGACGGAAAGAAUACUGCCAGUGCUUAUCAAGAAUGAUUGGGUAUUCUGGACUAUUGCCAUUACUAUGGGCCUUAGUAGCGGCUAUCUAUCAUCACUAUCGAUGAUGUAUUGUCCUAGAAUGGUAGAUUCGCAGUACGCCUCGACGGCCGGCAUGUUUGGCGCGGCAUCUUUGAUCACUGGACUUUUUACGGGAAUUCUGUUUUCAAUGGUGAUGCCUUUUAUCGUAGCCAACGUGACAUUUUGAUUAUUUUAAAGAUAAGAUUUAACAUUACGAUAUGCUUAUAUUAACUCAGGAGCGAGGAAACAGAUUGAAAAUUUAGAGUGCACAAUCUAUCUCCUAUAAUUAUAUAUUUAAAUAAUGUAAAAUAACAAUUUAAAAAUUUGAAGAAUUAAUGUGUCGAAGAAAAAACAUUAUUCCUAAAAACAAGUCAAGAAAAGGAAUAACAUUUUAGAAACGGAAGCUACUUUCUUCGACACGAAUAAGAGAAAUGUUUUAAAAAGAAUGCUUGUUUGCUUAUACAUACGUUAAACAUAUACAUAUCUAAUCUUACAAUUCUUUAACCCUGUGUUAGUCGCAAUAUCCAGUAUAUACAGUUCGGACUACAAUGCGUCGUCGUUGCCAUUGAGCAACAAAUCCGAACUUGUUCUUCUAGGUAUUCAGUCAAUUUAUUCUUCACUGUUUCGUGUAUUUCAAUGUUAAAUUUAUUAGCAAAGUGCAAAUAAAAGAAAAAUUGUUUUAAAAAAAUAGAAGAAAAUUAGUGUAUCUAUGAUGUAUAUAGCGACCAUUCAUAAAAAAUGAUGCGCCAAACACAGGGUUAAAUAAUUAACUAGAAGGACAAGCUUUUAAUUAAAUAAAAGCCGUUUGAAGUGCGUGUUUUUUAUAAACGUGUGGCUUGAAGUUUCUAUUGAUUAAUAAUUUUUAAAGUCCCAUUGAUAGGAAAAAAAAUAGAUACAAAAAUAAAUUAAGAUCACGUAAAGUGCAUUAAUGACACAGUACGAUUGUCUCAUAACAGAUUUAUAUAUGAAAUACCGGAAUCCAUGGUUUUAUGAGAAUUAUAGAGAUAUUAAACUCUACUAUAUUACUACUGCCCCACAUUAUUAAAACUGGACCAAUAAGCCUUAUUAAGAAAAAGAAGCUGCGAUGCUCCAGUUUCCGUAUUGUUAAAAUAGAAAUCGCUAAAGCAUUAAAUUUAUCAGGAAGAUCAUAUAUUUAAAUCUGUAUAAUUCGUUACGCGUUUAAAGCUAAACAUAGCUAACUUUUAUUUACUACGAUCAAAUUUAACCCUAGAACGGUAAACUUUUUUUCACUUUAAUGCACAGUGGUUUAUAAAUGUACUCUAUGUCUUCCUGAGCGUUCUGUAUUGAACAAAUAAACUAAAAUCAAUAUUGUGCUACAUGAA